ACAGAUUGAUUCUUUUGUGUCUUUUAAGAGCCAUUCUUUUAGAAAUUGGGGCCUCAAGGAAUGUUGAGUUCAGCAAGCAGCACAGCAAUGUAAAUAUAUCUAACAAGUUCAAACCAAAACUGACCAAUUCAGGUCAAGUUCGUCUUGUCCAAUCUUUUAGCUAACUUUAUUUCCAUCACCUCAUCUUUAUCUUCAUCAGAAAAGCUGCUCCUUUUUUCUUCUUGUCAUUUGAUGAACCUACAGCAGCAAGUUUAAUGGAAAUUAGGAGAAAAAGUGGGUUACUGUCUUGCUUGGCUUUGGUUUGGUUAUGGGCUUCUGCAACUGCAACUUCAACGGGCAUCCGUUUAAACGUUGAAGUUCAAGCUUUGAUGGGAAUCAAAGCUGGUUUGAAGGAUCCUCAUUCUGUUCUAGCUUGGGAUGAAAAUGCUGUGGAUCCAUGCACUUGGAAUUUAAUCACUUGCUCUCCUGAUAAACUUGUGAUUGGCAUAGGAGCUCCAAGCCAAAACUUUUCUGGGACACUCUCACCAAGUAUUGGAAAUUUGACAAACCUUCAAUUUUUGCUUCUUCAGAAUAACUAUAUAUCAGGAAAAGUUCCAAACGAGAUUAGCAAGAUACCGAAACUUCACACACUUGAUCUUUCAAACAAUUUGUUUUCUGGUGAAGUUCCUAGCUCUUUCUCCAAUUUGAAGAGCCUCCAAUACCUGAGACUCAACAAUAACACCUUCUCUGGGACAAUCCCAUCAUCACUGGCUAACAUGAACCAGCUUGCCUUGUUGGAUCUGUCCUAUAAUAAUUUGAGCGGUCCUCUGCCCAGAUUGUUGGCUAAGACAUAUAACUUUACUGGAAAUUCUUUGAUUUGUGCCCCUGGCUCUAAGGAAGUAUGCUACGGAACAACUCCAUUGCCACUUUCUUUCGCUGUCACUAAUUCCACAUACUCCCAACCUCCUAGGAGACAUAAAGGCCAGAGAAUUGCUCUAGUCAUUGGCCUCAGCUUGGCCUGCAUCUGUCUGUUAACUCUUGCAUAUGGUUUCUUUAUCUGGCGGAAGCAUAGGCGCAACCAGCAAAUAUUCUUUGAAACUAAUGAUCGGCACCAUGAAGAACUUAGCCUUGGAAACAUAAAGAGGUUUCAGUUCAGGGAACUUCGGAACGCCACUCACAAUUUCAGCAGUAAAAACUUGAUUGGAAAAGGUGGGUUUGGAAAUGUUUACAGAGGAUAUCUACAAGAUGGCACCAUUAUAGCUGUCAAGAGACUCAAAGAUGGGAAUGCUAUGAGAGGAGAGACCCAAUUUCAGACUGAAGUGGAGAUGAUAAGCUUGGCAGUGCAUAGGAACCUCCUCAAGCUGUAUGGUUUCUGUAUGACAGAAACUGAGAGGCUUUUGGUCUAUCCAUAUAUGUCUAAUGGCAGUGUUGCUACCCGUCUUAAAGCAAAACCAGCUCUGGAUUGGGGUACAAGGAAGAGAAUUGCCUUGGGAGCUGCAAGGGGCUUGUUAUACUUGCAUGAGCAGUGUGAUCCAAAAAUAAUUCACAGAGAUGUGAAAGCUGCAAAUAUACUGCUUGAUGAUUUCUGUGAGGCAGUAGUCGGUGAUUUUGGGCUCGCAAAGCUACUAGAUCACAGUGAUUCACAUGUCACUACUGCUGUGAGAGGAACUGUUGGGCACAUUGCACCAGAGUAUCUGUCAACCGGCCAAUCCUCAGAGAAAACUGAUGUUUUCGGGUUUGGAAUUCUAUUACUUGAGCUUGUAUCAGGUCAAAGAGCUCUUGAAUUUGGAAAAGCAGCAAACCAAAAGGGUGCAAUACUAGACUGGAUAAAGAAGCUACACCAAGAAAAGAAGUUAGAAAUGCUUGUUGACAAAGACUUGAGAAGCAAUUAUGACCCAAUUGAAAUUGAAGAAAUUGUUCGAGUAGCUCUCUUGUGCAUCCAAUAUCUUCCAAGCAAUAGGCCAAAGAUGUCUGAAGUGGUCAGGAUGCUUGAAGGAGAUGGGCUUGCAGAGAAAUGGGAAGCUUCCCAAAGAGCAGAAGCAAGCAGGGUGAGAGCCAAUGAGUUCUCCUCUUCAGAACGUUACUCUGAUCUUACUGACGACGCUUCAUUGUUUGCUCAAGCAAUAGAGCUCUCAGGACCAAGAUAAGAAUUAAGAUCGAACCGGCCAAUGCCCAGAAAAUGGGAUAUUCAUCAGCCAAACAUACUUCAUGCAAAGAGCAGUAUGCUGGUGAACAUUCUCAAAAUAAGCGAACUCUGAAUAGCAUGAUGAUGGAUUUUAAAGAUAAUGGCUAACCUUGUAACCAAUGAUCAUUUCUUGAAGAACAUUUCCUUGUGUUAUUGAAGAAUGAUCUUCUAGGUGAUUUUUCUAUUUUUGGCAGCAUUUUAAGUCUUGAGCUUGUAAAUGUAAUUUAUAUGGGUCCUUCUCUUAGCUAUGGUUUUCUGUAGUUUUCAAUUAAGAUGGUCAGUUGACCCCUUGCACACAAUAUGUAAAAUAACAAUGGUCUAUAUAGCUUUGUAUUAUUGUA